AUGUCGCGGCGCUUGCGUUUCAGUAUCGAUCGCGGAGGGACUUUCACAGACGUAUUCUGCAAGGACGGCGAGACCUGCCAUGUCCUCAAGCUGCUCUCUAAGGACCCAGCCUACAAGGACGCCCCGAGUGAAGGGAUCAGAAGGGUUCUGGAGAAAGUGACAGGGAAGCUGCAUGCUCGACAAGAGCCCAUCGACACCUCCCUGAUCGCGUCGAUCCGCAUGGGAACCACGGUAGCGACGAACGCGCUGCUGGAGAGGAGGGGGGACCCCUGUGUUCUGCUGAUCACGAAGGGGUUCAAAGACUUGCUCUUCAUCGGUAAUCAGAGCAGGCCCAACAUCUUCGACUUAGAGAUCAAGUGCCCUGACGUGCUCUACGAGGAGGUCAUCGAGGUGGAGGAGAGGGUCUGUCUUGCUCAGGAGGGAGCAGCUCCGAUCAAGGAGGGCAGACUCGUGCGGGGAGUGACGGGGGAGGAGGUGGAGGUGGUGGAGGAGCUCAAUGCCGAUAAGCUGCGGGAGGACCUGAAGAAGAAGUUUGACAUGGGAUACCGCGCGGCAGCAGUGAUGCUGCUGCAUUCCUACACGUUUCCUGCUCAUGAGCAGGAGGUGGGGAGGCUGUGCAGGGAGAUCGGGUACACGCAAGUGUCGCUCUCCUCCGAGAUCAUGCCCAUGGUCAAGGCGGUUCCAAGGGGAUUCACGUCGUGUGCCGAUGCCUAUUUGACGCCAUCGAUCCAGCGUUACUUGUCGACCUUCAAAGCCGGUUUUGAUGAAGGUCUCAAGGACCUUGAGCUCCUCUUCAUGCAGUCCGAUGGAGGACUGUCUCCCGUAGAGAAGUUCAACGGGUUCCGCGCGAUCCUGUCUGGACCAGCUGGAGGAGUGGUGGGGUAUGCCAAGACCUGCUAUGAGGCGUGCGGGAAGAGGCCAGUGAUCGGGUUUGACAUGGGAGGAACUUCAACGGACGUGUCAAGAUUCGACGGGCAUCUAGAGCACGUCUUCGAGACAACGACAGCCGGGGUCACCAUUCAGGCCCCGCAGCUGGAUAUCAGCACGGUCGCAGCUGGGGGAGGGUCGUGCCUGCGGUUUGAGUCAGGGAUGUUCAAGGUGGGCCCGGAGUCUUCCUCCGCGUUCCCCGGGCCCAGCUGCUACCGACGAGGAGGCCCCCUGUCAGUGACCGACGCGAACCUGGAGCUGGGAAGGAUUUUGUGGGAGAGAUUCCCUAAGAUCUUCGGGCCCAAGGAGGACGAGCCGUUGGACGUGGAGGCGACGAGGAACGGGUUCAGACGGCUGACGGAAGAGAUCAACGGGUUCAUGAAGAAAGAAGGAGCAGACAAAGAGCUCACUACCGAUGAAGUAGCCUUCGGUUUCAUCAAGGUCGCCAACGAAGCUAUGUGCCGUCCCAUCCGCGCGCUGACGUCAGCACGAGGGUUCGACAUUCGCUCCCACGUGCUGGCCUGCUUCGGAGGAGCAGGCGGGCAGCAUGCAUGCGCCAUCGCACGGAGCCUGGGGAUCGGAACGAUUUUCAUCCACAGGUAUGCCUCGAUCUUGUCUGCGUACGGAUUAUUCUUGGCCAAGGUUGUCGAGGAAGUUCAGGAGCCGUGCUCAUGCGUGCUGGAAGCUGAUCAGUAUCAGGAGCUGGCAGGGACGUUAAACAGGCUGCAGGAGGAGGCGGAGGAGAAGCUUGUGAAGGAGGGGCAUGGCAGGGAGAGCAUCAGACGAAACCUCUUCCUCAACCUCCGCUACGAGGGAACGGACUGUGCUGUGAUGACAGCGCUGCUGGACAAGGAGGAGAGGAGGAAGAAGAUUGAGAAGGAGGACAUCGCAGCUUUCAGCGCACGGUUCCUCUCCUCCUACAAGCGCGAGUUCGGCUUCUUGCUGGAAGGCAGGAAGAUCUUGGUGGACGACAUUAGGGUCCGAGCAGAAGCCUCCUCGGGCGAGGAGGAGGAGGGAGGGAGCAUGGAGGAGGACGAGGAGUGUCUGAAGCUGUCGACAGAGGACGCAGAGCAGGUAGUCUCCGUGUACUUCGAGGGAGGGAGGCAGGACACCCCAGUGUUCCUCCUGGACAAGUUGAGGAGGAGGAGGAGGGUAACAGGCCCUGCGAUCCUCCUCGACGACAUUUCGACCCUCCUGGUGGAACCAGGGUGCGAGGCCGAGCUGACAAGGGACAAGGACGUCAGGAUCACGGUGGGGAAGGAGGAAGUGAAGCAGCGCUCGGAAGAGCUGGACUUGAUAUUGCUGUCUAUUUUCUCCCAUCGGUUCAUGUCAAUCGCAGAGCAGAUGGGUCGGACGCUGCAGCGAACGUCGAUGAGCACGAACAUCAAGGAGCGACUCGACUUCUCCUGCGCGCUGUUCGAUGAGCAGGGAGGGCUAGUGGCUAAUGCCCCUCAUAUUCCAGUGCACCUUGGGUCGAUGCAGGAUGCUGUUAGGUAUCAGGUCUCCAAGUGGCAGGAGGAUCUAGAGGAGGGAGACGUUCUAAUGACCAACCAUCCUUGUGCGGGAGGAACGCACUUACCUGACAUUACUGUCAUCACUCCUGUCUUUCUUGGUCGCUCCUCUCCAGUCUUCUUCCUCGCCUCCAGAGGUCACCAUGCAGAUAUCGGAGGCAUCGCUCCUGGGUCGAUGCCUCCGCACUCGAGGUUUCUCUUCGAGGAGGGGAUGUGCUGCGAGACUUUCAAGCUGGUGAGGAAGGGAGCCUGGCAGGAGGAGGGAGUGCAUCCGGGAUGUGCGGGGUCGAGAAAGCUCAGGGACAACUUGUCAGACCUGCGAGCUCAGGUCGCAGCCAACCAGAAGGGAGUCCUCCUGCUCAAUGAGCUCAUAGCCGAGUUCGGCCUUGACCUUGUCCUCUCCUACAUGCAUCACAUCCAGUCCAACGCUGAGCUUGCAGUCCGUGACAUGCUCAAAGAGACAGCUCAGGCUCGCAUCUCCUCCUCCUCCUCCUCGGGGAAGAGGAACGUGGACGGGGAGGUGAAGGAGAAGCAGCUGGUGCGGCUGCAUGCUGAGGAUGCGAUGGACGACGGGACUCCGAUUGUUCUCAACGUGGAGAUUGACAUCAACAAUCGCUCGGCUCACUUCGACUUCACAGGCACAGGCACUGAGGUCUACGGCAACUGCAACGCCCCUCGUGCCGUCACAUAUUCUGCCAUUAUCUACUGUCUGCGUGCCAUGGUAAGGAAAGACAUCCCCCUCAAUCAAGGCUGCCUCGCUCCAAUCACUCGGGUGACCGACGUCAUUCUCAAAGCUUUCUCCUACUGCGCCGCCUCCCAGGGCUGCAUGAACAACGUCACCUUCGGAGACGCCUCCUUCGGCUACUACGAGACGAUAGCUGGAGGAGCAGGAGCAGGACCAACGUGGGACGGAAGAGGAGGAGUCCAUACCCACAUGACCAACACCAGGAUCACCGACGUUGAGAUCCUCGAGCGGCGGUUCCCCGUCAUGGUCAAGGCAUUCGGGCUGCGGGAGGGAUCAGGAGGAGGAGGGAUGAGGAGAGGAGGAGACGGUGUAGUCCGAUAG